AAUCCUGUCCAAAAGAUUCCUGAUUCACAUGAGAUAACACUGAAACAUGGCACUAAAACAGUGUCUGCGUUGGGUCUGGAUCCCUCAGGUGCCCGUUUGGUGACUGGAGGAUAUGAUUAUGAUGUUAAGUUUUGGGAUUUUGCUGGAAUGGAUGCUUCUUUUAAGGCAUUUCGAUCUCUUCAGCCCUGUGAGUGCCAUCAGAUCAAGUCAUUACAGUACAGUAACACAGGAGACAUGAUUCUUGUUGUAUCUGGAAGCUCUCAGGCCAAGGUGAUUGACAGAGAUGGUUUUGAAGUAAUGGAAUGUAUAAAGGGAGACCAAUAUAUUGUGGACAUGGCCAACACCAAGGGUCACACAGCAAUGCUUCAUACUGGCUCAUGGCAUCCCAAAAUAAAGGGAGAAUUUAUGACUUGCUCAAAUGAUGCGACUGUGAGGACAUGGGAAGUUGAAAAUCCAAAGAAGCAAAAAAGUGUGUUUAAACCACGGACAAUACAGGGUAAAAAAGUCAUUCCUACUACGUGUACAUAUAGUAGAGAUGGAAACCUCAUAGCAGCUGCUUGCCAGAAUGGAAGCAUACAGAUCUGGGACCGAAAAUUGACUGUUCAUCCUAAAUUCCACUAUAAACAGGCUCAUGACCCAGGCACAGACACUUCUUGUGUGACAUUUUCCUAUGAUGGUAAUGUCCUGGCCUCUCGUGGAGGUGAUGAUACAUUAAAAUUAUGGGACAUCAGACAAUUUAAUAAGCCACUUUUUUCAGCCUCGGGUCUUCCCACAAUGUUCCCAAUGACUGACUGCUGUUUCAGUCCAGAUGAUAAACUCAUCGUCACUGGUACAUCUGUUCAAAGGGGAUGUGGCAGCGGCAAACUUGUUUUCUUUGAGCGUAGGACUUUCCAAAGGGUGUAUGAAAUAGACAUCACAGAUGCGAGUGUUGUCCGCUGCCUAUGGCAUCCAAAGCUGAACCAGAUCAUGGUUGGAACUGGAAAUGGAUUGGCUAAAGUCUAUUAUGACCCCAACAAGAGUCAGAGAGGAGCAAAAUUAUGCGUGGUUAAAACCCAGCGGAAGGCGAAACAAGCUGAGACUCUAACCCAGGACUACAUCAUCACCCCUCAUGCCUUGCCUAUGUUCCGCGAGCCCCGCCAACGGAGUACAAGGAAACAGCUGGAGAAGGACAGACUGGAUCCCCUGAAGUCACACAAACCUGAACCUCCUGUAGCAGGCCCAGGUCGUGGUGGCCGUGUUGGAACCCAUGGGGGCACUCUGUCAUCCUACAUUGUGAAGAACAUUGCUUUGGACAAGACUGAUGACAGUAAUCCCCGGGAAGCCAUUUUGCGUCAUGCCAAAGCAGCAGAAGACAACCCAUACUGGGUUUCUCCAGCAUAUUCUAAGACUCAGCCCAAAACAAUGUUUGCUCAAGUCGAAUCUGAUGAUGAGGAAGCAAAGAAUGAGCCAGAAUGGAAAAAACGUAAAAUUUGAGGAAUCUCAUUUGAGAGCUGUUUGCAUGAUGGGGAGGGAUAUGGGACAAGUUUUUUUGUUGUUUGCUUUUAAGGUUUAUGAAAUAAAAAGUACAUUUUUAUGAA